UUCGUCGCCUCCGUCUCGUCCUCCGCCGCCUCCGCUGGCCGUCACGAUGAAUCCGGACCUGCGCCGGGAGCGGGCCGCCGCCAGUUUCAACCCCGAUCUGCUCACGCACAUCCUGGACGGCGGUGCGCAGAACACCCGGCGCCGCCGAGAGAUCGAGAACCUGAUUCUGAACGACCCCGACUUCCAGCACGAGGACUUGAACUUCCUCACGCGCAGCCAGCGGUUCGAGGUGGCUGUCAAGAAGAGUGCCACCUUGGUGAAGAAGAUCAGGGAGUUCGGCAUCUCAGACCCCGACGAGAUCAUGUGGUUUAAAAACGUCCGUAAGAUCAAUUUUGUGGAACCCGUGUCCGUCCAUUUCUCCAUGUUUAUUCCCACCUUGCUGAAUCAGGCCACCCGUGCUCAGCAGGAGAAAUGGCUGGCUCCCGCCCGAGGAUUCGAGAUAAUUGGCACCUACGCCCAGACGGAGCUGGGCCACGGAACUCAUCUUCGAGGCUUGGAAACCACAGCCACGUACGACCCUGAAACCCAGGAGUUUAUCCUCAAUAGCCCGACUGUGACCUCCAUCAAGUGGUGGCCUGGUGGACUUGGCAAGACUUCAAAUCAUGCGAUAGUGCUUGCCCAGCUCUACACCAAGGGGAAGUGCUAUGGAUUGCAUGCCUUCAUUGUGCCCCUUCGAGAAAUCGGGACCCACAAGCCUCUGCCAGGCAUCACCGUUGGCGACAUUGGCCCCAAAUUUGGCUAUGACGAGAUGGAUAAUGGCUACCUGAAGAUGGACCAUUACCGAAUCCCCAGGGAAAACAUGCUGAUGAAGUACGCCCAGGUGAAGCCUGAUGGCACCUACGUGAAACCCGUGAGCAACAAGCUGACCUACGGGACCAUGGUGUUUGUUAGGUCCUUCCUCGUGGGGGAGUCUGCUCGCGCCCUGGCCAAGGCGUGUACCAUCGCCAUCCGCUACAGCGCCGUGCGGCGCCAGUCUGAAAUCAAGCCCAGUGAACCAGAGCCACAGAUUCUGGAUUUCCAGACCCAGCAGUACAAACUCUUCCCACUGCUGGCCACCGCCUACGCCUUGCACUUCGUGGGCGCGUACAUGAAGGAGACCUACCAUCGGAUCAACGAAGACAUCGGCCACGGCGACCUGAGCGAGCUGCCCGAGCUUCACGCGCUCACCGCCGGGCUGAAGGCCUUCACCAGCUGGACCGCGAACGCCGCCAUCGAGGCCUGUCGGAUGGCCUGCGGCGGGCACGGCUACUCGCACUGCAGCGGGCUCCCCAACAUUUACGUCACCUUCACCCCGACCUGCACCUUCGAGGGGGAGAACACCGUCAUGAUGCUGCAGACGGCCAGGUUCCUGAUGAAAAGUUACGAGCAGGUGCAGUCGGGGAAGCUGGUGUGUGGCAUGGUGUCCUACCUGAACGACCUGCCCAGCCAGCGCAUCCAGCCACAGCAGGUGGCAGUCUGGCCAGCCUCGGCGGACAUCAGCAGCCCCGACGGCCUCACGGAGGUGUACAAGCUCCGUGCAGCCAGGUUAGUGGAAAUCGCUGCGAAAAACCUUCAGACUGAAGUGAGUCGCAGAGAAAGCAAGGAAGUGGCCUGGAACCUGACCUCCAUCGACCUCGUGCGAGCAAGUGAGGCCCAUUGCCAUUACGUGGUAGUUAAGCUCUUUACAGAGCAGCUCCUCAAAAUCCAAGAUAAAUCCCUCCAGACUGUCUUAAGGAAUUUGUGUCUCUUGUAUUCCCUGUAUGGAAUCAGCCAGAAAGCAGGCGAUUUUCUUCAGGAGAGCAUCCUGACAGACGCUCAGGUCACCCAGGUGCACCAGCGCAUCAGGGAGCUGCUGACCGUCAUCCGCCCGGAUGCUGUUGCUUUGGUCGAUGCGUUUGAUUUCCAGGACGUGUCGCUGGGCUCCGUGCUCGGCCGCUAUGAUGGGAAUGUGUAUGAGAACUUGUUCGAGUGGGCCAAGUCCUCCCCGCUGAACAAAACAGAGGUCCACGAGUCCUACUAUAAGUACCUGAAGCCGCUGCAGUCCAAGCUGUGACGCCCAGCGGCGAGGUCGCCCCGCUCCGGGGAGCAGCCGUGUCCCCCUCUCGCCCGCCUGUCACACGGAUCUGCGCAGGAUCUGUAUCGAAUCAGAACUGUCGGGCAGAUGAUUGAUUGGCCCUUUUCCUCUUUAUAAAUGAAGAAAAAAAAUGAACAGUUUUCGGAGAUUAAAUGAAAAAACGAAUGUGUUAUAAGUGCAAUUACCAUUGAAAGAGGCCUGUUAAGCAUUCAGAAAAAAAACUGAAAUGUAGUGUGUCUUCCCCUUGCUACUCUGCUGGUCCCAGUGGGCCGUAACUUUUGAUAAUUUGUAGAAUUUAACUACUAAGUAGUUAAUGUUUUCACAUAUUAAUUGCUAAUCACUGGAUAUAUGUGUCUUUAAGCAAAGGUAUUUUUAAAGCGGGGUAGAACCCUUCUAAGCUUUCUGCUGAAUGCGCUACUGCCCCCACCCGGGCCCUGGCUUGAAAGCAGGACUGAAGAAAGUGGAUUGGGGGAAAUAAACUAAUCAGGAAAUUGGG